AUGGGCGGCGAUCUCAACCUCAAGAAGAGUUUCCACCCGGGCCUCCUCAAGAACCAGGCCAAAGUCUGGGAGGAGGAGAAGAAGGCCCUCGACGAGCGCAAGAAGACGCAGCAGCGCAUCAACGAGCUGAAGGAGGAGCGCGCGCGCGAAGAGAUUCAGAAGCAGCUCGAGGCCGCCGGCCACACCAAGAAGAUCGACCGCGUCGACUUUCUCUACAAUGGACCGACAAACGGUCAGACGGGCACGACGGAGGAGAUGGAGGGCUACCUGCUUGGCAAGCGGCGCAUCGACAAUCUGAUUACGGGGUCCGACCACAAGAAGCUGGAGAAGCAGGCUGGGCAAGAGAGCUUCAUGGCGCUGCAGACGGCCAACACGGCGCGCGACACGGCGGCCAAGGUGCGCGAAGAUCCGAUGCUCGCCAUCAAGAAGCAAGAGCAGGCAGCAUAUGAGGCCAUGAUGAAUGAUCCGAUCCGGCGGCGGCAGUUACUGGCCAAUAUGGGUCUGUCAGAGGAGACCAAGGACCGGUCCAAACGCCGAGAGGACAAACACAGAAAGAGGCGGCACCGUCAUCGGGAUGAGGGUUCGGACGAUGAGAGGCGACAAAGGCAUCGGAGGCGAGCACAUUCACGAUCGCGGAGCCCGUCACGGCACCGCAGGGACGGUUCGGACGACGGGAACGACAGGCGCAGGAGCAGCCGCCGAGACUCACCAAAACGCAGGCGGCAUGACUCGGAAGAAGACGUUGACCGUCGGCGAGAGAGAAGAUCGAGGUCGCCUCGCCGACGUGAGCGCGAGGCUCGAGAUAGUCACCACGAGCGCGGCGGCAGGCGGGACGACCGGUGGAGGGACGGGGAUCGUCGUGACAGCCGACGCGACGAGCGACAUGACACGCAAGAUGUUCGUGGACGUGACGGCGACCGCGAACGGAACUACGACAGACCAAGACGCCAUUCAGACAGGUCGCCGCAAGACCAGCAUCGUCGCCAUUUUGACGGAGGCAGGCGGAACGGAGGUUCUGCGCAAGGCGGCGGCGGCGGCGCAAAAGAUAACAAAGCCGACGAGGAGGAGAAGGCGCGUAAGCUGGCGGCGAUGCAGUCGGCGGCGUCGGAGCUCGACUCGUCACGGGAACAGAGGUUGGCAACGCUCGCGCAGCAGGAGAAGGCGGCGCGCGACGCCGACGAUGAGGCGCGGCAACGUGCGUCGAAGCACGGAGGCGAGAAUGAGUUUGCGAACCGGCUACAUCGCAAGGCGGGGGAUUUGGGCUUGGCGGAGCGGAUGGGUCGGGGUCGGCAGGGUUACCAGCGGGAUGACGACUGA